GUUUUAAUACCUUUUAUCUAUCAGUUUAGAAAAAGUUUAGAAUACAAAGCUUUACAUGAUAAGUUUAAAAUUUAGUAUUUUAUCUUUAUACAUUUUUUUAAUACAGAUGAUAAGAAAUUUCGUAUAUAUACAUUUGAUUUGCAAAUAUUCACAUUUUUUUAAAAUAGUAUCUUUAAUAUUAUUAAUUGUAAUAAAAUUUUAUAAAAAAUAUGUUAAAAUAACUAUAUAAAAAAAAAUUAAUAUAUAUUUGAUACAAAAUAAUAUUUUGAUACAAUACAAAAUUUGAUUUGUUACAUACUAUCUAUAUAUUAUACUAGAUUACUAUAUACUAUUUACUAUAUAAUAGAUUAUAAUUCAGCCAAUAAAAAUUUCUUCAAACUUAACAAUAUUUACAAUAUUUUUUGCUUUUUACCUUUAUUUAUUUUUCAUUUUUUUACUUUUGCUAAAAUCUUUGCUAAAAUCACGAAAAGUUCCAAACGUUGAUUUGUAAGAAAUUUGAUCAUCGCCUUGACCGUCAGAUGGCAUCUCAAUCGCUCAUCCAUCACGAAUAUAGAAGAAGAGUAGGAGUGAGAACAUGGCGUCAAUGUGCGCGCGCGCGCGCGAGUGUGUGUACGAUAGGGUGAAUGUCACUUUGUGGCCACUUGCUUCCUUAUCAUUCGACAAAGAACGCUUAUUAUUCUUGGUGAUUUUAUUAUUAGCCGCGUCUCGUGCUGAGUUAAUAACAUAGCGUUAUAGUGUAGUGAAGACUGGCUUCUACGUCUUCUAUUCUGACAUGCGGCUCACGAUCGCCAAUCGUCUUUUUGAGGUUAGCUCAUGAGCGUGCGGCUUCGCGCCGCGGUAUUGUCUUACGAAAACGUUCGUGUUAAUUAUCCACAUGUCUCAAUUUCUAAGUUAUUCUUUUUGAUCGUGUAACAAAAUUUUUGAAAUUCAAUGCGCUACUAUAAAAUAUCUCAUGCUAAGAAAAUACAAAUUAUAAAUUUGCUUUUCUGUGAAUUAAAACAAAAGAAGUCAGAAUGAAGAAAUAUCUGGCUCAAGAUCAACAAGAAAAGGUAAAUGAGUUAGAAGUGAACAAUGAUGCUAAAGACAUUCAAGAGAAGAUGAAGAAGGUGGAAGUGAAGUCUUCAUCGUCUGUUAGUUCUUUGGCGAAGAAUGCUGUACUGUUACCUAGUGGAAUUGCUCGAGUAAAGCAAUUUCAGGAAGCGAGAGCAGUUAGUCAAACGAGACCAUCGUCAUCAGGCUCGGCUACUGGCAAUCCCCGAAAUAAAACCGCGCUAGCACCCGGCCACAGUUUGAUGGACUGGAUCCGAUUGGGCAAUUCUGGAGUCGAUCUAACCGGCGUUGGUGGUGUUCCACGGAUCGUAACAUUAUCCGAGUUGGCCAGUCAUAAUAAGCAAAACGAUGCUUGGAUCGCGAUUCGAGGAAUCGUGUUCAACGUGACACGUUACAUGGAUUUCCACCCAGGAGGGAUAAGCGAGUUGAUGAGAGGGGUCGGCAAAGACGCGACCAAACUGUUCGAAAGCGUGCACGCUUGGGUCAACUAUCAGAGCAUCCUUCAGAAAUGCGUGGUGGGAAGGCUGAGCCGUGGCUCGAUGACCGGUUCCUCCUCGUCCUCGAUGGAAAACCCUGUCUCGGCCACCACCAAUUGUUCAUCGACGGCGCAGAACCUGAUAACAACAAGUUGCACGACUCAUAGUACCAGUCAAGAAAACGUGUCAGACGGUGAUUUUUCGAAUAUAAAAAUGGAUUGGAGGCAGACAUCCAACACGAUCACGUUAUUUUAUCAAACUGUUCGAGAUUAUCCUGGUGUGAGCUAUCAAUUAAAUAGGAUAAGCGACUCGAAGUUGAUAUUCAAAUUAUUCUUCGAGAAGGACAUAAUAACGCAUCAGCUGGAACUGACAGCGGAAAUAAAAUGGCCGCCGAUGUGCAGCAGAAAUUUCGACACGAUGGAGGUCGAUUUUACAUUUACGAAGCAGAAGAAAGAGAUAUGGAAAUCUCAAGGUAGUCAAACGAUAUCCAGGGAGACAAAUACGAAUAGUCGAAUUUACAAAGAAUACGAAGUUGUUACGAAUAAAUCCCUUUCCAAAUUAGUUCACCUAUUAGUCGUUCGAGCGAAAAACUUUUUGCAAGUGGUGCCCAUUGGCAGGCACGUAGAAGCCAAGAUGAACGUCAUGGGGAUGGAAGUAUCACGAUCGUACACGCCUGUCCCACCGUGCCUUCACCCUGACGACAUAGCGCCGAAUUACAAAUCCGAUUGUCUGUGUUUAAUGAUCAAAAGAUACCCCCAAGGUGCUCUCAGUCCGUCCAUAACCGCUCUUCAGAUUGGCCAAACCUUCCUCUUGAGCAAUGCUUUAGGUGCCUUUGUAAUAGAAUCCUUCGAUCGUUAUUCUGUCAUUCACAUGCUCGCGGGUGGCACCGGUUUGACAGCGAUGCUUGGCAUCAUUCAACGAGCUUUGGCCAGACGCAGCGUGAAGACUAUAAAUUUACUUAACUUCAAUAAAAAUGAAGAUAGCAUGUUUUACGUGGCGGAGUUAGAAAAGGCUAGUGCAGAUAAAAAAUUAAAAGUCACACAUAUCCUUUCGCAAGCCGAAAGCACAUGGGCGGGUAGACGUGGCACGAUAUCCGAUGAUUUAUUAAAGGAGUUAGUCGCAGAAACUUCCCCUGACGCGUGUGUUUUUAUCUGUGGACCUCCAGGAUUCAUACAAUCCGCGAAAAAAUCUCUUCAAAAACUUGACUGGAAACCCUAUCAAAUGUACGAAUUUGACGAUUAAGUGCACUCGUCGAGAAUAUAUAUAUAUAUAUAUAUAUAUAUCUCUUUUGAUACCAAAUAUCGAACGUACGAUGAUGGAAACAUUGGUAGCUGAGUAUUUCUUUGAGAAAAAUAAUUACGUAUCAUGUUGUCGAAUUUUUAAAAAGAAUCUUUUGGAUACUUUUACUCCUAUUUCCGCCCACAGUAUCGUGCAUGUGAAUUCAUUAGAAAUGAAUUUCGAAUAUAUUAAAUAUUUUGAAAAGUGAGCAAAUUUUAUUUCAAGAAUUAUUAUAUAUUUUAUGUAUUAUAUAUUUAAUAUGAAUAUAUAUAAAUAAAUUUUAACAAAAUAAAAUUUUAUUAAAAUUUACAUAUCGAAAAUUUAUCAAAAGAAAUUCAUGUUUCUUUUUCUUUUAUAGAACUGGAUGUCUUCCUUUUGCGUAAUUUUUUCGAUUUAAUUUCGUCAAAUCACAAGAUUGUGUACGAAAUGUGUACGAAAGACAAAUUUUUAUUUAAUGCAAAUGCUCACUCUUUGUAUUAUAUCUACAAAAUUCGAAAAAAAAAGAAAAAUAUGAGAAAAAUAAAUAAGAAAAAAAAUAGGAGUAAGGGUCACAGAUGAAAGUCUUUGGAUUCUAUGGGACGAAUUGUGCGUAUAAGCGUCCAUGAAUGUACUUUCUAUAUGAAAACAAAUUAUUUUUACAAAUGUCUUUUAAUCUAUCAUCCAGAGAAUUGUAUUUUGAACGAUUUAUCCAGAAAUAUUCACAAAUAUCUUCGGACGCAAACCAAUUCGAAACGAUCAUGGUGCUAUUUUUUAAUCCUUUCGUGCUCGAUUUUGCAUAUAAGAUAUAUUCACAUACUUGAUACUUUAAUAGUGGAACUAUCAAAUCUAUUAAAAAAUAAAAAUAUAAUUAUAUAUAUAUAAAGAAACAGAAAAAAAAAUUAGAUCAUGAAAUGGUUAUAUAGAAAUAAAUAUAUAUUUCUUAACAUAUUCGAGAAAAUUUAUCUUUAUUCAUUCUUUACGAAAAAGGUAAAGGUUAAAGAUAUUUAAUUUCUAUGUAAAAAAUUAGAAUGAUAAUUAAAAAAAACUCCUUUCCUUUCGAAAUAAAUUGUGUGCCAAACAGAGGCCUUAGAACUCUGAAUGAACUCAUAUAACCAAUAAUAUGGCCUAAUCAUGUCAAGUGUUAUUAGUCAUUUAUUAGAUCUUAAUUGAUUUAAAAUUUAUAGAUGGAAAAAUCAAUAAUAAUCGAUUAAAUUUUUAAUUUGAAUACAACACAACACAAAUAAUACUGUUCAAUACUUUUAACUGAAUCUAUCUAGUUUCUAUAAUUAAAUAACUUUAUAAAAUAAUUUCUAAGUUUCGAUCUUAAAAAUAAAAAUUAAAAAAAAAUAUUUAAAUUCUCAGGUGUGUGUCCAGGUGAAUUUAAGACCUAACAAAUGGCUAAGAUCUAAUUAGAAUUAGAAAUAUUUUAAAAUUAACCUCGUAGCACAAGUGUCAGAAUUGUAAUUCUUCGAUCCUACCUGUAAUGCUACGAGAAUUAAAAUAUGUAUGAAACGAUAGACGAGAAGUCCUUGAAGAAUUUUUAUCGAUGAAGUUUCGUCAGAUUUGACCAUGUAAAAUAAAAAUUGAUCGUGUUAGAAAGAGAAAAGUACUUAUAUAUUUCAAUGUUGGAAAGCGAUGCGAAUAAUUUUUAUUCAAGCAUAUUCGAGUACGGACCACUUUCUGCAUUUACGUACAUGUUAAAUACGCCUAUAUGUAUGUAUAUGUGUGUACAUAGUUGUUACCAGAAAUAAAUGAAUAUUUGAUGGCUAUUUGUCACUCU